AGAGAGAGAGAGAGAGAGAGAGAGAGAGAGAGGAAGAAGAGAGAGAAGAAGAGAGAGAAGGAGAGAGAGAAAGAGAGAGAGAGAGAGAGAAGGAGAGAGAGAAAGAGAAGAAGAAGAGAGAGAAGAAGAAGAGAGAGAAGGAGAGAGAGGGACCAUUAUUUACUCUGUAACUCCAUAACUAUUCUAAUGAUGGAAGGUUGUACCUGGUGCAUAGUACCUCUGACUUUAUUCUGUCUGCUUCUCUUCAUCUCUGUGUGUCUCAAUCUCACCCUCUGCAUUCUGAGACACAGGGACACCAGACACAAAGCAGACAAUGAGGAGUUUCUCAACCAACAGCAUUAUCCAAGAGAGAGAUUGGAGGAGGAAGAGGAGGAAGAGGAGAAUCAGCAGCAGGAGAAUCCCAUCUAUGGAAACAUCACUAUAGACUUGUGCUAUGAAUCCAUGACCAAUCAACGUUCCAGAAAUGACAGAAAGCCUGCGCCCCAGCCCCAACAACAACCUGACCUGAACUAUGCUUCUCUUGACCUGAACGUGGGACAGAUACCCAAGAAGAGGAAGCGUCGCUACCAGCAGGCCCAGGCCCAGGCCCAGGCCCUGCCCGAGUCCCAGAUGGGUGGGGGUUUCCUGGAAAUAGAUGCGGAAAUGGAGGCCUCCCUCCCCUCACGGAGUAGCAGCCCUCUGGCUUCUAGAAACAGCAUCUAUCUCAACAGUCUACAGAUGGCACUACAGACAGAGGAGAGGGAAUAAGAGAGAGUCAAGGGGAGGGAGAUGGAGGAGGAUAGAGAUUGGGAUGGAGACAGGAAGUGAGGAGAGGGGGAGAAAGAAACAGUAGGUUGUGAUGGAGGGAUGGAGACUGGAAGUGAGGAGAGGGGCAGAAAGAUACAGUAGAUUGUGAUGGAGGGAUGGAGACAGGAAGUGGGAGAGGGGCAGAAAGAUACAGUAGGUUGUGAUGGAGGGAUGGAGACAGGAAGUGGGAGAGGGGCAGAAAGAUACAGUAGGUUGUGAUGGAGGGAUGGAGACAGGAAGUGGGAGAGGGGCAGAAAGAUACAGUAGGUUGUGAUGGAGGGAUUGAGACAGGAAGUAACAUGUGACUGGGGUUAGAGGUUAGGGAGGAAGACCAACGGUCCUAAAUGUGAACUCAAGAACUCAAUUAGGCAGAGAGAGCGAGAAAGAGAGGGAGGGAGAGAGACAAAGAGAAUGAGAGAGAGAGAGAGAACUUGUGUUUAUUUUUUUAUUUUUUGUAUUUAACCUUUAUUUAACUAGGCAAGUACAGGUAGACAAACAUAUUAACCUACUUUAACCUCUAGCCAAUAUGUUACAAUCAGACAUUAUAGAGAAAGGGGCUCCCACUGCAUAAACUGCAGAUAUGUAUAUAUUAUUAUUAUUAUUAUUAUAUAUUUUUAUUAUUAGUAGUGUUCGUAUAUACAGUGUACAGUGCAUUCGAAGAGUAUUCAGACCCCUUGACUUUUUCCACAUUUGGUGACGUUACAGCCUUAUUCUAAAAUUAAUUUUUAAAAAACAAUUCCCCUCAUCAAUCUACAAACAAAAGCUCAUAAUCACAAAGCAUAAACAGUUUUUUAGGAUUUUUUUUUUAUACAAAUGUAUUAAAAAUAAAAAUCUGAAUAUCACAUUUACAUAAGUAUUCAGACCCUAUAAUCAGUACUUUGUUGAAGCACCUUUAGCAGCGAUUACAGCCUUGAGUCUUCUUGGUUAUGACGCUACAAGCUUGGCACACCUGUAUUUGGGGAGUUUCUCCCAUUCUUUUCUGCAGAUCCUCUCAAGCUCUGUCAGGUUGGAUGGGAGGGCG